AUGAAAUUGUUGGAUCUUCCAACAGAACUAAUCGAACGUAUAAUUGGCUUCUUUGUUAGAGAUACAGGACCGUUGUACGUAUCCGACUACCGACUUGUCUGCACACCCAAGUACAACGUCGGGAAAAGGAGGGGAUUAGAGAAAAUUGACGCGGUUCAGGUGCUGAAGGAAGGCAGUUGUUCAGUUCUACGUGCUGUCAUACAAGACGGUUACCUGGAUCCCAACGAAGCAAUUUGUGACGUCACACCGCUUGCUUUGGUGGUAAACUUCCAUCGCUACGACCUCGCUCGAGUACUUAUCCAACACGGUGCCUAUGUUGAUGGCGUACCCGACACGGGAAAACCUGUGACCGCGUUGUGGCACGCAGCUAGAGCGGGUUAUCGCGGAUAUGGAGACGAUGUCUUGCCUGGAGUAAAGUUUCUUGUCAGACAUGGAGCGGAUCCUGAUUUUGGAGGGGACUGGAGAUCUCCGCUUCAAGCUGUGGAAGGGCUGUGGCCCGACGUGCAGUAUCUCUUACGACAGGCAAAAGACCAUGGCCAGGACGUGGCGCUAAGCCCGGAAACAUGGAGAAAGUACGAAGAGAGACCUGUAAGGGAUACACCCGUCGUCGUUGACCAAAACUCGUCUUGUGGAGUUAGUGAACGCGUAAGAUCGUGGGAAUCAGACCAAGAAUGA